AUGUCGUUCACCGGCACGGGCGGAGACGUCCGAUAUUUAUCGCGUGGACCAGCGGCUUGGCAAAAUGACGUUGCGAGAGCGAAUCAUGCACCGUCAGCGUUCGUAGCAGCCCUGCAAUUAAACCACACGUCGAAUACGAUGUAA